GUGGUGUUAAUUGUCCGUUAGGGGUGUGGGUAGGACAGAGCCAUCUCCAGGUCCGAGGAUUUAUUAUUGUGUGUCUGUGGACAGAAGUACGCACGUUGGAAGUGGAGUAACUAGUGUGUUCUGUUUGCUUGCUACUAGGAGGUCACUGGGUUAAAAGCUUCAUUUCUAAGUGGAUAACCGAAACAACAUGAAUUACCUCUUUAUGAUGCAACUGGUUGCCUUCUGUUCGGCUGGUGUUGCUGUUGGACCAGCUUGUGAUGGAGUGGAUUGUGUGAAAAAUAAAUUGCCGGGGAAGCCAACACAACACGCGGGAUACCUGAAUCAGUUCAAUGAGAUGAACUCACCCUCUGACAACCGAAGAAGCAGCAAUUCCGACCCCGUUUUACCUUUCAUCGGCCUCACAGGAAGUGCUAAACAGAGUCGUGAUUGCUGUAAAAAUGGUGGAACCUGCAUCCUAGGAAGUUUUUGCGCUUGUCCCCAGCACUUCACUGGUCGCAGCUGUGAAUAUGAUGAACGCGUGAGGUACUGUGGUGUUAUCCCUCAUGGAGAGUGGGUUCAAAAGGGUUGCUCCUACUGUCGAUGUGGAUAUGGAGUUCUCCAUUGCUUCCCUCAAGUGUUCCACAACUGCGAUGACUCCCAGGAAGCCUUGUGGUUUCAUUCCAAUGCCCCCACACUGUUCCAAACAAAGUUCCUCUGGUGCGUGACCCCUCUGAUUUUGCAUCUCAUCUUGUGAGGAGAAAAGACGUUAGCUGCUUCAUCCUGAAAACAGUUUUUGUGUGCUGCAUUUCACUGCCUUUUUUAACAUAUCGACCACCUGUGUAAGACUGUAAAAGAAAAUCUCAGACAAGUCGUUAAGAUUUGUAAAAAAGCAGAAUAGGACAUUGCUGAGAUGAAAUUUGCUUCCAGUGGAAGCUCAUGCUGUGAAAAUAGAAAGUGCAAUUUUAUGAGACAGGGAGUCUGUAAAUAAGAUUUUUAUUGGAUUUUUUAACGGGAACUUGGGUUGUCUGUAGGUUUCCAAAAUGAGUUAAUACUGCUAUCAUGCGCGUGAUCGCUCUUAAUGUUUGUAAUUCCAAAAUGUGUGUAUAGUAUGUUUGCUUCAGUGCUGAAUGUGUUUGUAUAUGAUCUACUUUAAUUUACCUUUUAACUUGCCAAAACUAAAAGUUUGUAAGAGUUAUCUUCUCUUUAUUUGUGGCCGAAAUGUUUGUUUACUGUUGCUAUCAGUCAGUUUGAUAAAGCUCGGGUGACCCAUCAUGGCUGAGGUCUAUGCCAUUUUCCCCUUAUCUAAAAUAAACACAUGCUUUUGCCAAUUAA